AUGAGCACACCGGACAUCGAAAGAACGGCGGGAGUCGAAAAACAACGCCAGUACAGCGACAGGCGUGAUGCGGAGUCAGAUGCAGCUUCGGAAAACAUUGUGCUGACACCUGUGGCAAAGACAGCGUCUGCCAACUCGUCAGACUCGCUUCUGGGAGCUUUGCAUAACGAAGAAGAGCACGACAUCAAGUACAAGACGUGUUCUUGGCAUCACACGACCGGACUUCUACUGUCUGAGUACAUCGUUCUAGCCAUCAUGUCGUUUCCUUGGUCCUACUCGGUGCUGGGAAUCGUACCUGGUAUCAUUUUGACGCUGUUUGUCGCAACAACCGUGCUAUAUACGGGUCUUACGAUUAUCGACUAUUGCGAGAGGUUUCCACACUUGACGAGUGUGUGUGACAUUGGUCAACACUUAUUUUGGGGCAAAAGAUGGGCAUGGUACGCUACCCUGUUCUGUUUCUUGGCUAACAACACACUCAUUCAAGGGUUGCAUGUGCUGGUGGGUGCCAAGUAUCUGAACACGAUCACCAACCACUCGCUGUGCACAGUGGAUUUUGGCGUGAUCGUAGCGUGUAUCGCAUUUGUUGUUUCGAUCCCCAGAACCUUCUCGUCACUAUCGAAAGUUGCUUAUUUCUCGGCCAUCACGAUGUUCAUCGCUGUCAUUUUAGCCAUGAUUUUCGCAGGCGUGCAAGAUCACCCGGCGAAGUACGAUGGGACGCCAGUGACGUUCCGGGCGUUCCCUAAAGAGGGCACCACGUUUGUCGAUGGAAUGGGUGCUUUUCUAAACAUUGUUUACACAUUCGUCGGCCAAAUUACCUACCCACAGUUCAUCUCCGAAAUGAAGAGACCUGCGGAGUUCAGAAAGGUCUUGUACAUUGUGACGUUUUUGGAAGUGAUCAUUUUCACACUUGCCGGCGUUAUUAUCUAUGUCUACGUGGGUAACGAAUACGUCACAGCACCAGCUUUCGGUUCUUUAACCAGAACUUACAAGAUCAUCUCGUUUUCGUUUGCAGUGCCUACGCUUAUCUUCGCAGGGUCGUUGUACGCUAACGUAUCAGCUCGUUUACUCUUCUUCACCUUCUUCAAGCGUUCCAAGCAUUUGUACUCCCACACUCCUUUGGGCUGGGCCGCAUGGGUCGGUAUUCUACUCGUCACUUGGAUUGUUGCCUUCAUCAUUGCCGAAGUGGUGCCUUUCUUUUCUGAUCUUUUGUCUCUGAUGUCAUCGUUGUUCGACUGCUGGUUCGGAUUUGUCUUUUGGGGUAUGGCCUAUUUCAAACUGAAAGAAGAGAAAUACCACACGACAAAAUACUUCAAGUCUUUAACUGCUGUUGAAAAAAUUCAUUUUUACAUUGCCAUCUUCCUUAUCGGAACAGGUCUUUACAUUUUGGGGCCUGGUCUCUACGCUGCAGUUCAAAGUAUCAUUUUGAACUAUCAAGCCGAUGCUUACGGAACUGUUUUCAGCUGUGCGUCUAAUGCCAGUUGA